UAUGGGAUGUCGUAUGCCUAUUGUGGACAUACCACAUAAAUCGACCUCCAAGGACCAAAUUCCAGGACCAGACUGUAUAUAUGGAGAGAAUGUUGAAACUUCUUGUCAGCAAGAUCAUAGAAAUGGAGGAGAACUUGCUUGCUCGCCCAACCACAGUAAACCUCACAUUUUCAGUUCGGAAAGGGAGGAUUCUGAGAUAUUUCUUCGGGGCAACAAUUCGUUGCGGGACAGCAAAAUGUCCCAACCAACAAAGAAUUCGAGAACUGCAGUCAACCUUGGGGCAACUGCUCCGAAUCGGUACCCUGGAGGGCUCUGCAUGGACAGAGAAGACCCCGAAGACGCCGUGUUGUCUUGUAUUCCCAGACGAUCAAUCUGA